AAAGCUUCGCCGGUGAGUGUGCUAAUGCACGAUUGUGGGCCGUUUCUUGAUCUGUCAAUUUUGCCCCGGUUUGCCAACACAACGCGCGGUACAGAUUGCUGAGUGUUAAUGUGUUAGUUUUUAGUACAAAUCAGUCGAUCGUAAUGCACGGAGGUGGAUCAAAGUUAAUCGUGUGAUUUUGCAGUGCGUUUUUCUAAAGUUUCGGUAAGUUUUGAAUUGGAUACCAGCAUGUCAUAAAUGAGCAGACGUGUGUUGAAUCGAAGUAGUGAUAGAUAUUAAAUUCGAUUGAAAAAGGUAGUCCUUAAGUCCGUAAAUCGCAAAAUAGUGAUUGCCAAGCCGUAACACCGCUUGCCAGUAGAUUCAUAUACAAGCAGCGACGGAGAAGAACUCGUCAACGGUUGAUAUUUUUAGAACCGCUCGCUUUAGCCUUUGUCGUGUGUUUUGUUUGGCGUGGCUUACGGCGUGCAGCGUGCCGUGGGUGUUCGUAACGAGAGCUUCUUCAUAACGGUGCCGGUGUGUUUGUGUGUUUGCUUGAAGCAGCUCGUGUUGGGUGCUAAAGGAUAGUGUGGAAAGAAGUACGACGAUCAAAACAAAGCUCGACUGCAGAUCUCUGCUAGCUUCUAGCGCCACAGGAACGGCCCCUCGUGGGAACAAUGUUUCGCCAUCAUAUGUCCCAGUUCGGCUCGUGCGCUAGCGAAGUCCACAAAACGUUGUGCUACUUUUUCGCCGGAAUCAAUAUAUUUCUGGCAAUCGAUUUUCUGGCCGACUGCAGUGAUGAUCUUAUUGAUGAUCUGAACGACGACGACUCGGACGAACGGCUCGAUGACCUGUCGCUGGAGAGUCAUAUGAAAACGACGAUGCUGCAAACAUUGAUCGGUCCUGCCAUAGCGAACAUAAUCCUGGCGGUGCUGUUGAUAAUCGGAGUGUAUAAGAGACGACCCGCGUUUAUUCGCCUGUUUAAGCUGUUCAUCAUUGCGCAAAUUUUUGUGCUUCUCAUAGCUUGUGUUUUUUCCUAUUAUGUCGCAAUGAAGCGAGAAGGAAGUAAUGUUAUAUUGCUGCUUGUUCUAAUCGUUUCCAUAGCACUUUUUGGUACAGAGGCGUGGAUUGUUGGAGACUACCAUAAAUUACUACUUGAGGAACUUCGUGUCGAGAGCUUGGAGGAAUCCCGUGUAAUCUAAUGUGGAAAUUUUUAGUCAAGACAACAAUAACCCUUAAUAAAAGAUUGAUUCCA